AUGCCAUUCCUCGAGAAUCAACCAAAGAUUCUCAUCGCAGGUGCCGGUAUCGGAGGUCUCACCACGGCACUAGCACUUCACGCAUCAGGCUUUACCAACAUUCACAUCUUCGAAGCGUCGUCCACAUUGACGACACUGGGAGUUGGUAUAAACGUGCAGCCGUCCGCUGUACUCAUCUUGCGGAAUCUAGGACUUUUAGAAGCUUUGGAGAAGACGGGUAUCAAGACGCAAGAGCUGAAUUUUUACAAUCGCCAUGGAAACCCGAUACUCAGCGAGAAACGAGGCAUGUACACGGGCUACGCCGUUCCUCAAUUCUCCAUUCAUCGUGGCGAAUUUCAAAUGUUGCUGCUGAGUGCGGUCAAGGAGAGACUGGGGCAGGAUGCUGUUCGUUUGAAUCACGCAUUGACAGGGUUUGAGCAGGAUGAGAAGAGCAUUACUGCCCAGUUUUCACAGAGGAGGGAUGGUGUGCCAGCAGAACUUGCAUCAGUGGCUGGCGAUGUACUCAUCGCUGCUGAUGGCAUCAACUCGACGGCAAGGCGAAUACUGUAUCCGAAUGAGGGACCUCCACGCUUUUCAGGCCGCAUGCUGUGGCGUGGCUGCAUCGAGCGGGAACCCUAUCUCACAGGUGCGAGUAUGGUGUGGGCAGGUCAUGCCGAUCAGAAAUUCAUCGCAUACCCGAUUUCUCAACGCUCAGCCGACAAGGGUAAGAGCCUUGUUAACUGGAUCGCCGAGCUUCGCAUUCGAGGGAAAGACGAUAAAGAUCUAACGCCACCCAAGACGGAUUGGACCAAGGCUGUCAGCAAGACGGUAUUCGAAGGCCCAUUUGAGAGCUGGAAGUGUGGAGGCCUGGAGAUGAAAGACCUCAUCGACAGUACGGAGAAAGUCUUUGAAUUUCCCAUGUCUGAUCGCGAUCCUGUGGACCAAUGGUCAUUUGGUCGUCUCACACUCAUGGGAGACGCAGCACACGCCAUGUAUCCCAUUGGAUCCAAUGGCGCUUCACAAGCCAUCAUUGACGCAGAAUCCCUCGCCGUGCAUCUCUCUUCCAAGACGCUUGACAUUCCAUACGCACUCAAAGCAUACGAGCAAGAGCGCCUACCGCCUACCGCGAAGAUCGUCAUGGCCAACCGAGGAAACGGACCAGAUCACGUGUUGCAAUUAGCUGAAGAACGAGCACCAAAUGGUUUCACCAACGUGUUUGAUGUCAUUCCACAGGAGGAACUCGAGGGAAUUGGCAGCAUGUAUAAGAAGAUUGCGGGAUUUGAGAUUGAGAGUGUGAAUGAGAAGGCGGAAAGGACGAAGGGCGUGGCGGAGACACUGAACUUGAAGAGCCCGCGAGAGUGGAUAUAA